CGGCCAAGUGACGAUUUGCGGACAUCACUAAUCAAAUUAACACGGUUAAUUGUCAUAAUCGAUAUACCGGUUUCCUCAAGCCUGGCAAUAAAACCAAAUCGCUUCAUCUGUUGUAGCUGUUGCACUGGUGCAAUUCAAUGAUCAAAAUGCCACACAUCGAUCGAGACCGCGUACAUCGCAGGCAACGUUUGCGCUCUAAAAUGCAGUCUCUUGCCCUUCAGACGAGUGGAAUUCUAUCWACUCGUGCCAAUGCCUUCUCAGUGGAGUCACUAAUCGCUGAUGGCCAAACCGCUGUGGUCGAGAGAGCUUCGAAGUCAAAUGGACCUGAAGAUUGCACACGUGACCUGAGCAGCCAAUCACUAGGCAGUCUUCAAGCGAUGCAAAGUCGUGUCCCUUCAGUCCCAGAACCUGAAGAAUCAAAUAGCGAAGCAUGUGUUGAACUCCAAAUGAGCGAGUUGUGGCAAAGAUUUUAUGAUCUUGGUACAGAAAUGAUCAUUACUAAAGCAGGAAGACGAAUGUUUCCCGCCAUUCGAAUCAAGUUAUCAGGACUCGAUCCAAACGCGCACUACAUCUUGGUGAUGGACGUUAUACCAGUCGAUAACAAACGAUAUCGUUACGCCUAUCAUAGCUCUAAAUGGGUUGUGGCGGGAAACGCGGACGCGCCGAUGCCUGGGCGYGUCUACAUUCAUCCAGACUCACCUGCUUUAGGUGAAGAAUGGAUGCGUCAAGUCGUGUCGUUUGAUAAAGUGAAAUUGACGAAUAAUGAAAUGGACCAACAAGGACAUAUUAUUCUUCAUUCAAUGCACAAGUAUCAGCCAAGAAUUCACAUCAUCAGGAAGAAAGACACAACAGARGCAAGUGUUGACAUUCAACGUCCUUGUUCCGAGAGGAAAACCUUCACUUUCACUGAYACUGUCUUUACUACAGUAACCGCUUACCAGAAUCAACAGAUCACACGURUGAAGAUCGACAGCAAUCCAUUCGCUAAAGGCUUUCGAGAUGCAGGACGUGUCAGGGAUCCCAUGGAUGAAAUGAUGCAGGUCUACUCGUUUUACCGACCUCCGGUCAGACCUGUGCCGUACAAUGAUAGCAAAGUGACCAAGACUAAAAAUGAAGAUAUCGGUGAUCAUCCAGCUGAGCCAGCAAUAACCUACUACCCUUCYCCAGCGGUCACAUCAAAUUGGUCGCCAUCUUGUACUCGAUCACCAACAACAACCAUAUCAACGCAGMCCAGUCAUCCCUGCAUCACCACCCUUCCCCCCACGGGAGCGAUUUUGWCACCACCGUAUGCCAUCAAUCCUUGCUGCACUCCGCCUGAAGCAUACGGGACCUUGGCACACGCGUUUCACGUCCCAGURACUGGCUUUUCGCCAUUUUCYUCAGGUCACACCGGAAGUCAUGUUUUACCGGAAGUCUUUCCGAUGAGUCCUUUAAGUACACACCCAAGUUCUCCUCGUCCAAAUUCGUCGCACAACGCGGACAGAUAUCCUGGGGARGGUUUUGUCCCAGGGCACUUGUAUCCUAGCACGGUCGCUAGUCCGRCUGCCUGUUUGUGAUUGYCAUCUGUCAUUUAUCAUGAUGAACGUAAAGUCACACCAGUCACGCAAUAGCUGAAUGGUCACACAAUCGCAUGAUAGCUUUACUAUCAAAAUCAGACAAUAUUCUAUUAUAGGAUAAUAUUUUGAUUCUUUUCUAUAAAUUGUUUUGUUUGUACAUAGUUUUAUUUUAAGUACAUGUGCGUUUUCUAUUGCUCUCAGUGCCUGCUGCUUCUACCGCUUUUCACACAUAAAGACAGGCGUUUGUAAAAAAGACAAAAACAACAACAGCAAGUGCAAAUACAAAACUACAAUUACAGUAUUUUUUCAUAACAAAAUCAGUUUUCUAGGGCACAUAAAAAAAUCAGCUCGCUGAACCAUAUUCCAGGUUUGCAUAUAUGACGUCUAUUUUUUUUAUUUCUAUUUUUUCAUUUUUACUUCAUUAAAAGACACGACAGUUAAGACUUGCCUCCACAUAUCGUACAUCAAGGCGACGUUAAAAUGUAAAUUGUUUAUUCAUUUGGACUGCUCUUAUUGUUAUUUUAUUGGUUAUCUUGAAAAUUAUCAAGUUUACAAUACAUAUAUA